AUGGCCGAUUUCGAAAACGGAAUAUGCGGUUUUUUCGGAAACUUCGGCUUGUGCGUGUUCACAUACUUCCUGCCGUGUUACACGCAAGGAAAACUCGCGGAAUCACUAGGAGACGACUGCCUUCUCUGCGGUUUGGCUCUCAUGGUACCGCUGGUGAACAUUUUUGCUCGUAUGAUCACUCGGCAGAACGUCAGGGAAAACAAAGGGAUCGAAGGGUGUGGAAUAGGCGAUCUCUUUGCCGUGUGUUGCUGCGGUUUCUGCGCUCUGGUACAGGAAGCCAUGGAGAUGCAGAUUCAGACACCGCUCGGAGCCGGAGAAUCGAUGGGGCGUGCAUAG